AGGCAAAGAGAGCAGUGCAGCCGCUACAUUCUGACUCAGCCACCAACACAAGCCGUCCUCUGCAGCACUGAGAAGCCAUCCAGCCAGCCUGAGCACCGCUUUUCUUCAUCCGUUUCUCUAUCCUCUUUAUAAUUAUCCAUCUGCAAGGCCGAGGAGCCGGCAAGGUUGAAGAUUUAUGAGUCAGUGGGACAUGUCGACCCUUCGCUUUGGACAGCAUCUCAUCAAGGCCUCGGCUGUGUUCCUGCAGACGGAGCUGUCCUUCGCUCUGGUUAACAGGAAGCCUGUGGUGCCUGGACAUGUGUUGGUGUGCCCUCUGAGGGCAGUGGAGCGUUUUCGGGAUCUUCAGCCAGACGAGGUGGCAGAUUUAUUCAGCACCACUCAGAGGGUCGCCAACCUGGUGGAGAAGCACUUCAAUGCCACCUCGCUCACCAUCGCUAUCCAGGAUGGCCCUGAAGCCGGACAAACCGUGAAGCAUGUCCAUGUUCAUGUGCUGCCCAGGAAGGCAGGAGACUUUGAGCGGAAUGACAGCGUAUACGAUGAGUUGCAAAAGCAUGAUCGAGCAGAUGAGGAUGUUCCCUCCAAAUGGAGAUCAGAGGAGGAGAUGGCAGCAGAAGCUUCAGAUAUGAGGAAACAGCUUGAGAAGCCCUGAAUGGAUGGUGCCAUGGUCAGCAGCGACUGGAGGAUAUCUGAAAUUAAUGUGGAACUAUGUAUUCAAUAAUGCUCGAUAUCUGGAUUCUUUUGUUUGGGUAUAUUGCUUUAAAAUAAAAAGCAAAUAAACAACUUAUGAUUACUGGUAUGAUGAGACCACUGAUUGGUCCAUUAACAAAGAAAUCAACCAUUGCAAAUAGUCUAUUAAUCAGUUAAGUUACUUAACACAUAAGACUCAAUUUUACAGCAUACACAAUAAUUUCUGAAUAGAUUAAUCCAAAUAAUUUGCAAUAAUUUGUUGCAGCCCUGCAUGUAAAUGGACUUCAUAUUGCUCUUUUCUACAGUCUACAGACCACACAACGUGCUUUAUAACACAUGCUACAUUCGCACAGUGAAGGCAAGGUGCCAACGCAGUGCUUUCUAUUCAUAUUUCAAUGCUCACCCAUUCACACUCAGAGCAAUCUUGGUUGGUGUCUUGACAAGGGCACUAGCAGACUGGAGGAGCCAGGGGAUCGAACCGUGAUAACUGAGUGAAAAACCUUUGUCAAUGUGACAGUGUGUAUUCCAUUCAUUAAUGUUUUAGUUGACAGUGACGAUGUUUUUGUUCUGCCAAUGUUUCUCCUUACCUGAUGUAAUAAACAACAACAAAGUGAUUAAUUCUAUAAUGAUGAGGCAGAGAAUAAAAACAUGCCAUA